AUGACUUCUGAAGAUGGAAUAGCUCCUGAAGAGGAGCAGAAAUAUAUCGAAUCCUUUUCAAGACGUAUAAUCAGAGAAAAGAGCGGGAACUACCCCCCUCUGAAAAGAUCUAUAGAUGGAUCUAUGAUAUACCUUGAUGCGGGUGGUAUUUCAAGUAAUAGGGGCAAUAAGCUUCUGCAAGGUAGUGAAUUGGUAACGAGACAAAUGCUAAAUAAUUCUAAGCCUAUCGAUGAAGACCGCGUCUACUACAAUGGUUCAGAACAUAAUCUAUUACAAAGGAGAAAACGUAUGCGUGUAUCUAGAGAGGAUGGAAGUGAAUUUGAUGAUGAGGAUGAUGAUGAAUAUGAUGAGUUGUCUCGUUUAGUAGAUGUGAGGAAGAUUCUGACUCCGAUUUCAUCAUUGGCCGACGUCACUAACCAUGAACCAGUUUCACGUCCGUUUAGAAGUAAAGUACUACGUGAUUUAGCACUACAAGCAGUUCUCAUGGUGGAACGAGAACAGAACUCUGUAAUUAGAUAUGCGAAGCUUUUGGAAGUGUUUCUAGGCGACUAUUCGCAAGUGCUAAAUGAAGCUAACUUAAACUUACCAAACUAUGACCAUAAUCUACGAUUGCCGGAGGAGGAAGAAACAGACGUGGAGGAUAAAGACAAGCAAGGUUUGAAGGAAGAGGAAAUAGAAGAUGGUGAUCCAUUUUUCGCAUUACCAAGACUGGGCGGAUCAGACUCCAUUUUGAACCUUGUACCCGAGGCGAAUACACCCGAAGUAAGCGAAGAAAUAGAAAUAACGAGACAGUUGGCACAAAUUGCACUACAAAGGAACCAAGAAUUUGUUAGAAAUUUACAAAAAGUGAGGAAUGCGCUUAUCAAAGCCGCUAGAAUCAAAGAUCGUAUCUACGCAUGGAGUGAAGAAUAUGCAGGAAUACCACAAGACGGUGUCACUAUACCAAAUGCACUGCGUGUGGUGAAACGCGGACUAAUAAGUGCCACUACAAACCGAUCCAUGGGCGGUGAAGUGGACGAAGCGGGCGGUGAAGAGGAAGAGGAAGAGGCAAGCUGA